CUCCGUUGUGCCGGGCGGCGGCGGCGGGGGAGCGGGCAGGGGCCGCGGGCGCUGGGAUCGGGGCCCCCUCCUCUCCCCUCCCCCCUGCUGCCAGCCUGGAAAUGGCUCCUCCGUCUGCGCUGGGCGGGAGAAGGAACCGACCGUGCCGCCCAGCCUUCUCCGCUCCCUCCCCGCCUCUGCCGCGCUCCUAGAGAGAAGGAAGGCAGGCGACGCGUUCGAGCAGACCGACAGACCGACAGCCAGCCAGACAGACACAGCCUCCCCGCGGGCGGUGCCAUGCGCACCCCGAGCUGUCGGGCUCGCCCUUGCAGAUCCGCUCGCUCUCCCGGCUUCUAGGCUCGAGUCUGUCCUCGCAGGGGAUCAUCCGUCGGUCUGUCCGUCCGUCCGUCCCCGAAGUGCACGGCGCCUGGGCUUGCACGCUCCACCCCCUCCCUCACCCCUCCUUCCCGGGGACCUGGAGUGCCGGAGAAAUUUGAACCUGCAGCCUUAGCAGCUUCUGGGGAAAGAAAAAAAAAAAAAAAAAAAACCCGAGUCACCUGGCUCUCCCGGAGUGUCGAGCAGGACAUGAAGCAAGGGACCUCCGCGCUCCUUUUCUACAGGACUCCGUGAAGCUCAAGUCUGCGUGGUUUCUGCGGGUUUUGUUUGUUUGUUUCCCUGCAGUGCAUUAGACUUUUUUUUUUUUUUUUUUGGUGGACUAGAGUUGACCUCCGCCUCCUCCCGAGCGGCAUUCUCGCUCAUGCCGCCGCUGUCGGAGCUCCGUCCGGCUGUGUGUUCCGGGGACACCGACAAAGCCUCCCUGCGGCCGCGGGAGUCUCGCUGAUGUCUCAGCUCCCCUGAAACUCCUGCGGAUCCAGAGGAGCCCGGGCGAGGGUGCUGGCGGUGCCGGCGGCCCGGCUUCCAGGUGGUGGGGGAGGCAUUUUGGAAAAGCCACCGACUGCGAAAACAGCGGGCGGAGCGAAGGCCCCUCCUCGGCAAGCCUGACCCCGGAGCCUCGGGCGAGAAACUUGGGAGCGAGUUUUCCUUGGGCAAAAUGGGGGAGCAACCCAUUUUCAGCACUCGAGCUCACGUCUUCCAGAUUGACCCAAAUACCAAGAAGAACUGGGUACCCACCAGCAAGCAUGCGGUGACUGUGUCUUAUUUCUAUGACAGCACAAGGAACGUGUACAGGAUAAUCAGCUUAGACGGAUCAAAGGCAAUAAUUAAUAGCACCAUCACCCCAAACAUGACAUUUACAAAAACAUCUCAAAAGUUUGGCCAGUGGGCCGACAGCCGGGCAAACACUGUUUAUGGACUAGGAUUCUCCUCUGAGCAUCAUCUCUCUAAAUUUGCAGAAAAGUUUCAGGAGUUUAAGGAAGCUGCUCGGCUAGCAAAGGAGAAAUCGCAAGAAAAGAUGGAGCUUACCAGCACACCGUCCCAGGAAUCAGCAGGUGGGGAUCUUCAGUCUCCUUUGACACCAGAAAGUAUCAAUGGGACAGACGAUGAAAGAACACCUGAUGUGACACAGAACUCAGAGCUGAGGGCUGAACCAACUCAGAACGCUUUGCCAUUUUCACAUAGUUCAGCCAUCAGCAAACACUGGGAAGCUGAACUGGCCACCCUCAAAGGAAAUAACGCCAAACUCACUGCGGCCCUGCUGGAGUCCACUGCCAAUGUGAAACAAUGGAAACAGCAACUUGCUGCCUAUCAAGAGGAGGCAGAGCGUCUGCACAAGCGGGUGACCGAGCUUGAAUGUGUCAGCAGCCAAGCAAACGCAGUGCACACCCAUAAGACAGAAUUAAAUAAGACAAUACAAGAACUGGAAGAAACACUAAAAGUGAAGGAAGAGGAAAUAGAAAGAUUAAAACAAGAAAUUGAUAAUGCCAGAGAGCUCCAAGAACAGAGGGACUCUUUGACUCAGAAACUACAGGAAGUAGAAACCCGUAACAAAGACCUGGAAGGACAACUGUCUGACUUAGAGCAACGUCUGGAGAAAAGUCAGAAUGAACAAGAAGCUUUCCGCAACAACCUGAAGACACUCUUAGAAAUUCUUGACGGGAAAAUAUUUGAACUAACAGAAUUACGAGAUAACCUGGCCAAGCUGCUAGAGUGCAGCUAAGGAAAGUGACAGUUCAGUGCCAACUGAUUAAAGAUACACUUUCUCUCUUCAUAGGACUGUCUGGGCUCUGCAUCAAGAUUGCACAAAAAAAAAAAAAAAAAAAAAAAAAAUCACUCCUCCAGGAGUAGGAUCUUUUGAAAAUUGGAAUUGUAUAUUUCAGUGUAAAUUUUUAGAAUUCAGCUUGUAGCUAGUUUGGGCAAAAAGAGAUGAAAAACUUGAAUUACAAAUUACCUCCAUGUAUAGUAUUGGCCAUAGUUAAAUAGAAAGUUAUAGAUACUUAAUGCAAUCUUUUUUUUUUUUUUCGAUAUUAGCCAAUGAGAGAAUUAACAAUGCCUGGGUCCCCAUUUUGUGUUGAACACAGUGAAGGUUAUCUUCUUUUUAAAUUAAUUUAUUUAUGAUAUCUGAAACUGUGUUUUGUGCAAAAAAAGAGGAAAAAAAAAACAACUCAGUGACGAAAGCCCUUUUGUUGUAAUCAGAAUAAUUUCUCAGGAUAUUUUUGCACUGCUGAGAAGCAGCGCCAUUAUCAGUUAAUUCUUACCAGGAGAGAGAGAGAGAGCUGCAUCUUUAAAUGAAACACACUUACUCUAACUGGGUGUAUAGAGUUCUUCCCUUUUUUUAUACUGGAAGCUAUUUCACUCUGGUGAGCACUCUGGUACACUCUGGUGAUCUCUAAUCUUGUUCACUGUAUAGUUUACUUUUCCACAUGGACUCCAUGUACUUCUGAGAAGAUAACCGUCUCCCAUUUUAUUACACAUUUUAAAGCCAACAAAUGAAGGCAGCUGAGCCCCUCAGAAAUUUUUCUUUUUAGAUUUCUAGUAAAUUUGACACACAGUACUGAAAUACAGCAGCCCGUCACAGACGGACUGGUCUAGCAAUGUUAAGAAUAUUUACAGAAUAUGCAGUUAACAUUUCUUUAUAUAUUUUGCAAGAAAUCUUUUCUGAAUGAUCAAUGCAUUUCAAUUUACAAAUAACAGAGGCUAUUGGGGAACUAUUUAUUAUAGAUCAUUUUAAGGUGGAUAGCUAUUUUAAAGGGGAUCCAUUUCCAUCACACCACCUAUCAGAAGACUAUUGGGACUGGAGCCGUGUACUCUGGCUGGGUCUCUACAUCAACCGCAUCUCUACUCACUCCUCACAAGGCAAUAUUCUGAACUGUUAACUAGGCGUCUCAAACCAGGAAUUCAAUUCAGUAGUCUCUUCUCAGUGGACAGGUUUUAAUAUUGUUUUGAUGUAGUUUUAAAAGACUUUUAGCAAACAUGCAUUUCUUUAUAUAUUUCUUUUAAGAGGCUAUUUUCAAAGUAAGCCAAGUGCUAUCUGGUCUGCUUAUGGAAUGGAUUGCAUCAGAGUCCCUCUCGUUGCUGUCCAGUGCCUGCGAUGUUCAGGAAGGUUCUCUUUUAAAGUGUAUGCCUGAGUUCCUGGCUCUGGAGUCUACAAAUGCACCGACUUUUUGUCUGUACCCCAAAACAAUUGAAUUGUUAAGUACAAAAUUAAGCUCAAUAAUCAAUUUGUAACCAUUUUUCACUCACAGCUCCUCAGUACUAGAUGAUUUUGUUUUAUAUGUGUAUGUGUAUGUAUGUAAAUACAUACAAAUUAAUUUAUAUCAGAGUGAAAAAUAAAUGAUGUUUCUAAAGUUAGUUUCUAAAAAGAAUAUUCAGACAUCCCUGAAAAGUUUAUAUCAGAAAAUCAGUCGCCAUGUACUGUGUGUGUCACCACUCCAUGUAAGUUGCCUCCACCUAUUUUAAGACACUUCCCUCACCUGCGUAGCAUAGGGAGGACUACUUAGGUACACAAGCUCAAAGCUGAGAUUUUUUUUUCUCUGCUAAAUCAGGUAAUAAAAUAAUUUGAUUGAUGGAAUUUUGAAGUAGAUGUGCUUUUAUCCCUCAGUUUCUGAAUUAUAAAGAGCUCCAGAUUUUAAUUUGUUGUAGGAAAAUUAACACUAGUAAUCAGGGAAUUUAGUUAUGAAGAGUUAAACAUUGAAGAAAAAAAAAAACAGGGAGUCGGGCGGUAGUGCAGCGGGUUAAGCGCACGUGGCGCCAAGCAAAAGGACUGGUUUAAGGAUCCCGGUUCGAGCCCGGCUCCCCACCUGCAGGGGAGUUGCUUCAGAAGCAGUGAAACAGGUCUGCAGGUGUCUAUCUUUCUCUCCUCCUCUCUGUCUUCCCCUCCUCUCUCCAUUUCUCUCUGUCCUAUCCAACAACAACAAUAACUACAACAAUAAAAUAAGGGCAACAAAAGGGAGUAAAUAAAUAUUUUUUAAAAAAAGCAGUGUAAGCUAUUGAAGUGGUAAGUGAAUCAUUUUAAUGAUGUAAUAAGAUAAUUUUAAAAUUUUAACAUAGUUGUCAUUUAAUGGAAAAUUUGCCAAAAUGUCUACACAUGAAUCGUGUUGAUAUGUGAGACGUGUAAUUCAGUAUCUACAUAUACCCAGAUGUAUAUACAGAAAAUUAUUUUUAAUAUUUUCCUACUGGUAAGAAACUUAAAAUAGGAAAUUUUGUGACUCUUUCCUUGCCCAGUAGAUCCUAACUCUUGCCCCCCCCUCCUUUUUAUUAUGUUUUUCAGUGACUUAACAGUUUCUUGAGGGCUGCACCUUUAAGUUCCCAGAUUGUCACUAGGCAUGGACAUAAUGGGAUGAGGUGAACACAAGUGCAUAUAAAUCAAACCUUAAUAAGACUAUUUUGAACCUUCAUGUACCUUCAUAACUAGAGAGUGUCUAGUUAUCACCUGUAAGUCGCGAUCAGUUUGUGUGCUGACUGCAAUCUGCUCCAUUUCUGUAUCAUAUAAAUAAAAGAUCUAUUUGAUUUUUUUCCCCAGAGACGAGCAUUAUAUAACGUAUCCAUAUAAAGCUCAACAUAUAUAUUUAUUAGAAAAUAAUGUUGGGGACUGUCGCCUGAACACUGAAAAGGAGAGCAGAGGUUUAUCCCGUUGUGUAUAAGCUACUGUGUGAUAACUGUCAGUUCUUGUACAGAAACAACUAGGAGAAGAAAAGAGAAAAAUACAGUUUUUAUUUUUAAAUACAUUUGUUGUUCUCCGGAGAAUGUACUUUAUCUUGUUUUCCUUUCAACUUUUCUAGACACUUCAAAGUAUUUGAGUGACGGCAACAUUUAUUUAAACCUUACAGGUGCUACUGGACUUGGCAUUAGUAUGUUACAUUGUGGAAUCCUAACUUUGACAUAAAAGGUUUUAUAAGUAUCCCCGUCUGGAAAAAUAGUUGUUUUCGUUUUGUUUUUGUCCCUUUUCCCCAAACCUCUCCUCGUUUUCUCUUUCUCAUUCUCUUUUUGUCUACAGAUUAAAAAAAAAACCUGGCACCAUCAUA